UUUUCUUUCUUUCGGAAAUACGAAAUCCAGUUGGGCAGAUAUAAAAACAUAGAUAUUGGGAAGGCUGUGCAUCAGUCAACCUUUGCAACUCAGACAGUUCAAAGUAAAAAUGAAGCAGUUCAUCGUCCUAAUGUGCCUAGUGGCCCUCUCAGCAGCCGUUCCGCAGGGAUACAAGUACCAGCCUCAGGUGCCCGCCCUUCCCAUCGGCAACCUUCGCCCGCAGACCCCCGUUUCGGCAAGUGGAAUUUACGCAGGUGCCGCCCUGCCAGCCUUGCCACAGAUCGGUGUCCAGGCACAGCAGCCAGCCGUUCAAGCUGUGCAGACCAUCGCUCAUGCUUCUGCUCCUGCUCCCUUACCGAUCGCCCUUCCCCAGCAGCCUGUGAUUAGUGCUCUGCCACAGCAAAACCUGAUCGGCACUGUGCAGCAGCAGCAGCCUCAGCAGCUUCAGCAGCCUCAGCAGCUUCAGCAGCCUCAGCAACUCGUCUACAAUCAGCAGCCUCAGCAAAUCCUUCAGACCCAGUAUGUCCAGAGGCCGGCGAUCGUCACGAAGGACAUUUAUAUCCACUCCGCACCGGAGGAAACUGAGGAGCUUCGUCAGGACGAGCCACAGCUGGAAAAUGUGCCGAUCCGCAAGAACUACCGCAUCGUGUUCAUCAAGGCGCCGUCCCAGAACCUGAAGUAUACCGCCGCUGCACUGAAGCGGGCCCAGUCCAGCAACGAGGAGAAGACCGUCAUUUACGUGCUCUCCAAGAAGCCCGAUCUCACCGAGAUCCAGCAGCAGCUUCAGGUCACUCAGUCCGAAGCCAAGGUGCACAAGCCCGAGGUAUACUUCAUCAAGUACAAGACCCAGGAGGAGGCCCAGCGCGCCCAGCAGGAGAUUCAGGCCCAGUACGACGCCUUGGGGGGUGCCACACAUAUCUCGGACGAGGGCGUGGCCCCCAUCACCAGCGUUUCGAGUGGUUCCCUUAACCUGGGUGGCUUUGUGCCCCAGCAGUCUCAGGUGCCAACCGCCAUCCAGCCCCAGGCCCAAGCAAUUUUGCAGUUGCCAGUUUUGACCCAGGGCAUCCAGCAGCAGAGCUCCUUUGUGCAACAGUCCACUGCUUCGUUUACACCAUCGGUUCCGUCCAGGAAGUACGUGCCAGCCAAGACUUUUAAAUAAGUCGUACGUAGGCCACAUACUAUCGCUUCCAUUUCUACCUUUAUCCACCCUAUUGUAGCUCAUUUUAAUUUAUUUUAAAUGCAAAAGUCAAGGCAAAUAAAGAAAAAUUUCAAUCGAAACUGUAACCUA